GGUUACACCUAAAUUGUUAAGUCUUGAAAACCCAUAAUAAAAUAAAUCUUCAUUUCUUUAUUGUCAAGACACAGCACUGAACUGAGCAAUGAUAUGGAGGAUCCCCAGCCCACUUCAGUCCCAGUUAACACUCCAAACAGUACUGGCCAUGUAGCAGCACCACAGCAAGAACAUGAUCUUGUACAAACUGAUGUCCAAGGAACAUUUUUGGAACUGCUAUCAGCAGCGGCUAAAAUCAAGAGGCUACAACAACAAGUUCAUCAGUCUGAAGUCUUAUUCAAUGAAUACAGAGUGUGGUAUGAACAACAUGAAGCUACAUUGGGAAAUCCUGUAAGUGAUGACAAACCCAAACUACUGACUGUUCAGGAGAUUUUGAAGGAGGAAUCACAGAUUCAAGUAUUAUUUGAAAAUUAUACAGGAUUCGAAUUCUCAACAUUCCAGGCCCUACUUGACUUUCUCACUACACCAUAA